CUCCCGUGUCCCGCCCUCCUCGCCAGUCGCCUCCCUGCUCCUGCUGCCGGCAGUGGCGGUGGUGUCGCCUCUCCUCAGUCCUCACUCCUCCUCACCCCAGCGGAAGCGCGGGCCCGACUCCGUCCGACCUCGCCGUCUCGGCCCCGAGGGCGGGGAGAAGCCGGCAGGGUGAGCCCGACGCUACGCCACGCCGCGCCACCAUGCCGCUGCCGCUGGCCAAGGCGAGGAGGGGGUCCUCCCCGCAGCCGUCACCGCAGCCCGCGCGGUCCUCCUGCAGGUCGCAGCUGGAGCAGGACGUGAAGAGGCUGCGCAAGGCGCUGCAGGACGAGACGGCGCUGCACGCCGUGCUCGAGGGCGCCCUGGGCCGCGCCGCCGUCACGCUCGCCGACAUGGCCUACCUCCCCACCAACGCGCAGGAGCUGCUCUCGACCAUCUGCAUCCUCGAGACGGCGGUCACGAAGCUGGAGGAGGAGAUGGUCUCCCUGCAUUUCCAGCUCACCCAGGAGAGGAACGAGAGACGGCUCGUCGAGUACCGCCUCAAGCACCUGCCCCCGCCGCCGUCCGCUUGCUCCUGCCACUCCGGGAAACUCGGACCAGACGACCCCACAGGCGAAAAAUGCAGUAGCCAAACGGAGGAGGUUUACCCUCGCGCCGUCUUGCAUGAACAGGCUGUGAAACUGCAGAGGCAGAUCUCUGUCAAGAGCUUCGUCGAUCCUAACCAGCUUUCCGAGGACAUCGUCCGCUGCAUGAGGAACAUCUUUAUUUCGCUGUCAGAUUCCUGCAGGGACUCCUCAAGGAACUCGAACAUGGAGAAUCAGCAGUCCAUUCCAUCUCCCACCGGGAACUAUUCGAUUUCUGCCUUCUGGACUCUGUCGGAACCGUCGUCCAUUUCUUCUUGGGUACAGAGCCCUCAAGUGGAUUUGAACUACAACAACAAUGUAUUAGCUUCGGAGACUGUUUUUGACCCUUACAAAGCUCGCGAGAAGCUUAGCUGGGCUGACAUAGGCAGCUACGGUGCGGCGGCCGAAGUUUCGUGGAUGUCAGUUGGGAAAAAGCAACUUGAGUAUGCUGCGGAGUCACUUCGUAAGUUCAGAUUGUUCAUUGAGCAGCUGGCAGAAAUAAACCCUAUUCACCUCAGUGAUGAUGCAAGGUUGGCAUUUUGGAUCAACUUAUACAAUGCGUUGAUGAUGCACGCUUACCUUGCUUAUGGUGUUCCACGGAGUGACAUGAAACUGUUUUCACUGAUGCAAAAGGCUGCAUACACCAUUGGGGGCCACUCAUUCAGCGCUGCGUUUAUUGAAUACGUAAUUCUGAAGAUGAAACCACCAAGCCAUAGGCCACAGAUGGCUCUGCUUCUUGCCCUCCAGAAGAUUAAGGUACCCGAGGAGCAGAAAAAGUUCUGCAUUGCGGCACCUGAGCCACUUCUGACGUUUGCUCUCAGCUGUGGAAUGUAUUCUUCUCCCGGGGUGAAGAUUUACACGGCUAACAACGUGAGGGAAGAACUUCAAGACGCACAGCGUGAUUUCAUUAGAGCAUCGGUAGGAGUGAGUCGGAAAGGGAAGCUUCUGGCCCCUAAGAUACUGCACUGCUUUGCCCGUGGCUUUGUCGACGACAACAGCUUCCCAAUCUGGAUCUCGCAUUUCCUACCCCAGCAGCAAGCUACGUUUGUCGAUCACUGCGUGUCUCAACGGCGGCAAAGUCUCCUGGGCACCCGUACUUUCGGCGUCGUUCCAUUUGAUUCUCGGUUUCGCUACCUCUUCCUGCCAGAUGCGGGAUCGUUAAAUUAACUGCUAUCCGAGAUUCAGAUGCUUCCCUGCCUAGACAACCUGAAUGACAGCCUAACUGCCAUCUGCCAACAGAAGUGAUGAAGUCCAAAGCCCUGAUAGACCGCUCAACAGUGUAAGAGCUGUCUCUCGAGUUACCAUCAUGUCUGGAAAAGUAAGUUUAUAUCCAGCGACCAUGAGAGUAUCAAGAUUUGAGAUAGCAGUCACUGGAUUGACCCGUGUCAUUGGAAGUCAGAUGCAUAUCUUUGGAAUUCCUUAAUCGGUUCGUCCGUCUCGACAUCUUGUCGAGUUUCAUUAAAAGAAAAACUGUACAUAACUCCUACUCCCAGAUAAAAACUUAAGUUCAUCAUGGUGCUAUUUAUGCAUUGUAUCUGUUCAUCAUGGUCCUGACGUUCAUCGCAUUAACGGUUAUCAAGACCACUACGCAUCACUCUUAACAGCUUUUCUCGG